AUGUCUUAUCUAAUAAACGCAGUUCGUAGAAUAAAAUGCUCGUAUUCACUUGCAGACCUCCAAGCUAAAGUUAGAUCUGCGACUUCGAAUGCUCCAGGAUGUGCAAGUUGUACAUUAAUGGCUGAAAUUGCUGAAGCAACAUUUAAUCAUGAUAACUUUUUAGUAAUUAUGGAGAUUCUUGAGGAAAGAUUAACAUAUCGUGAUAAAAAUUGGAGGCAUGUUUUCAAGGCACUUAUUCUAUUAGAUUAUUGUCUUCACAUAGGAUCACAGGAGGUCGUUAUAUACACAAAAGAAAAGUUAAACUUAGAACCUUUAAGAAAAUUUCAAUACAUUGAUGAUGAUGGGAAAGAUCAUGGCCGUUAUGUUCGACAUAAAGCUGAGGAAAUUGUUAAUGACAAACAUUUACAGUACGAAAGAAAACAAUAUGAUAAUUUGAGACAAAGACUGCGUCAUAAUAAAGAAAAUGAUAAUAAAGAGGAUUUUCCUGGGACUAGGUAA